GCACUGCCCACACUGCAGAGAACCAGAGAGACAGUCCAAGGAACGGGAACCGAAAGCGUAGCUUUCUCGAUUGGAGCGUUCUGAGAGCAACCUCUGGAGGCUUCUUGUAAAAAUGUCAAACGGUACGGAGGGAGUGAGAAAACCGGUGAAAGUGUGGUGUGAUGGAUGUUACGACAUGGUUCACUUCGGGCACGCCAAUCAGCUGCGGCAAGCCAAAGCAAUGGGAGAUUAUCUCAUCGUGGGAGUACACACCGAUGAGGAAAUCAUUGCCCACAAAGGUCCACCGGUUUUUAACCAAGAAGAACGCUACAAAAUGGUACGCGCCAUCAAAUGGGUUGACGAAGUCGUAGAAGGCGCCCCUUAUAUAACAAGCGUAGAGACACUCGACAAGUAUGACUGCCAAUUCUGCGUUCACGGAGAUGACUUGACGAUGGACUCCACCGGUCAGGAUACUUAUCGAUACGUGAAGCAGGGUGGACGGUAUCGAGAGUGUAAACGCACGGCCGGCGUUUCGACAACUGAUCUUGUCGGUCGAAUGCUCCUUAUGACGAAACAACACCACAAUCUCGGAGCGCAAGAGUAUGGCGUGGACAGAGAACACGCCGGAAACAUCUCUAAAUUCACUCACCAUCCAGACGGCUCGCAAGACCCCACAACGCACAGCCCUUGGACAGGCAUCUCGCAAUUCCUCCCCACCACGCAGAAGAUAAUUCAAUUCUCUGAGGGAAAAGAACCCAAACCCACCGAUCGAAUCGUGUACACAGCCGGUGCCUUCGAUCUCUUCCACAUAGGAUACAUUGAUUUCUUGGAGAAGGCCAAGGAACAAGGGGAUUAUCUCAUCGUCGGACUUCACACAGAUCCCGUCGUGAACCGAUACAAGGGAUACAACUACCCGAUCAUGAACCUCCAUGAGCGCGUCUUAUCUGUGUUAGCCUGCAAAUAUGUGAACGAGGUGGUGAUAGGUGCACCUUAUUACGUUUCCAAAGACCUGAUGGAACACUUCAAGGUGUCUGUCGUCGUCCACGGCAAAACGAACAUCAUGGACGACCUCGACGGCCGUUCCCCAUACGAAGAACCCAUUAAACAAAAGAAGUUCGUCCAGAUCGAUAGCGGAAGCUCCGUGACCACUCACGAGAUCGUCACUCGGAUCAUAAACAAUAGACUCCAGUUCCAAGAGCGGAAUGCGAAAAAAGAGGCAAAGGAGCUUGCGGCCUAUGACGCCUUUCAAAAGACACGACAAGAGGAAUGAGCUCCUUUUUCAAUCACUUGACUGCCCUGUGUCCCGAAGCCGACCUCUUUCCUCUUACCGAUUCGGAUAAAAAGACGCGUUGAAAGCUGAGGCUCCAGUAAUACAAUCAAACAGUGUGAUCGAUCGCCAGGUUGAUUAUUUAUCGAUUUUACAUUUCUCCUGUUAGAACGAGAGCCUCAUUUCGUCCGUAUUGAUUGGAGGAGAGGGGACGUAGCCCCUCAUCGCCAGGGUGCUCGACGGAUUCAUCACCUUCGAAGGAUUCAUCUCCUCAAGGCUAUAUAGUGAUUGCAUUGUGAGGUUUCCGAUCGACUUAUGCACGUAACCUCUAGGGAGAUGAACUUUCGAGUUAUAGCGCUCUCGUUGAAGAAAGCUCGAUCGUCGGUUAAUCCUGCCAGGAAGCGCUCCAUUCGCGGCAGUCGUGAGAAUUUCCUUCUCGGGAGCAUUGAGCAGAAGUGGUACUUCUCUCCAACCAAGUCAUUGAUUAUAGCUUUUUCUUUAAUGCUUAUUGCUUAUUAUACAUGAUAAUAUUAUAUCAUUCACAAGUGGCCUCAGACGUUUAUUUUAUAAAAAGCGGAUAAUAAAUCCAGAGCUUCCACUG